GGGCUGAGGAUAGGAGGCGGCUGUGGUUUAGGGUGACUGCUAGAUCCUCAGCGGGUCAGCCCCGCAGUGAGCGGCAGGUAAAUCUGGAGACCCCUAGGACCGAGGCAUCGUGCCCAGGGAUCGGACACUGGAUCUGCUGCCAGGGAUCCUAUCCAUAGAUGUCCCAAAUGGAGCUGGCUUUGGACCCUGGUGAUCAGGAUCUGCUGGGCUUCCUGCUGGAGGAAAGCGGAGAUUUGUGGCCUGAGCCCGACCGGUACGCGGAGGCGCCGCUGGACUGGGAGCUGCGGUCUUCAGAGAACUCCGUGCAGGCCCUGAGCGACUGGGAAGUAGAGGAUUUACUGAGCUCUCUGCUCAGUCCCUCGGCGUCGCCGGACGUUCUCGACUCCUCCAACUCUUCUGUCCACCAUGACCACACUUACUCCCUCCCACAGGAACACGUCUCUAUAGAUCUAGAUAGUGGGAGCUGUGAAAAGGAGGGGUCAUGUUUGACUCCGCUGCUUGUGGAGGAGGCAGCAGAGCAGGUCCUUGAGUUUUCAGGAUUAUCGCCACCUUGCACGACUGGGGACAAGAGUUCCCAUUUCUCUCUGACAACCCAGUGCAAGUCUGCUGUCCACCAUUCCCAGGAGAUUUCCAGGCUGAACCUGACAGAGGAGGAGAAGAGGCUUUUGGAGAAGGAGGGGUUUACUCUGCCCUCCAUGCGUCCUCUCACUAAGAUGGAGGAACAAGUUCUGAAACGAGUACGGAGGAAGAUUCGCAACAAGAGAUCUGCUCAAGAGAGCCGGAAGAAGAAAAAGGUGUAUGUAGGGGGGCUAGAGAGCAGGGUCUUGAAAUACACAGCCCAGAAUCAGGAGCUACAGAACAAAGUACAGCUCCUAGAGGAACAGAAUCUGUCUCUUUUAGAUCAACUAAGGAGACUCCAGGCCAUGGUGAUUGAGAUAGCAAACAAAAGUAGCAGUGGCAGUACAUGUGUCCUGGUCCUACUGUUCUCUUUCUGCCUCCUCCUUGUACCUGCCAUGUACUCCUCUGACACAAGGGGGAACAUGCCUGCUGAGUAUGUUGCGCUGCACCGCCAGCUUCGUACCCUGCGCAGUGAGGACCCUCAGCAGCUGAAGCUGCCUGCUCUGCAGUCAGAGGUACCAAGGGACAGCACAGGCCAGUUGCUGGACAGUUCAGAACAUACACUCCAGGCCUCUAGCAACUUUUCCUGCCUGUUGUACCACAUGCCUCAGGCAGAGCCUCCUUUGCAGCAGCCACUCCCUGACCUCUCCCAAGAGACCCCCUUCUCAGAGUCCAUCCUUCCCCUGCAGGUAAAUCUCUCAAGAAAGGGGGAAUGGCUCCCUACCCACAGCCCUUCAUCUGUCCUCUUGCAGGGCGGGUAUUCUGGUUAAAUAUGAGGAUAUGGAGUAUUUCAGCAAGGGCCUGGGGAUGCCUGUGUGUGUUCAAAUAAAAAGGAGAUGGGGAAAGGGCUGGCCUUUGUUCCUGUGCUGUAAGGAUGCCUGGGAGCUCAAACACACCACACUUACUAGCUUUGUGGGUCUUUUAUUUGUACCCAUGUGUGUCUGUUGUCCCAUAAAUAGACUUCGAGAAAUUGA